AUGAAACUUUUCUUGGCAAUAUUCCUCGUGGUCUUAAUCGAAAAAGGGUCUUCGGAAUGUUCCUGCAAGACGAACGCUUCGGAAUGCGUCGUUUCUUCCAAAAUGUCCCUAAAAGGCCGAAUCCAAGCCAUCAAAGACGUCAACUCCACUGAACUGCUUGAGACCGUCAUCGUGGUUUAUGUCGUUGGUUGGUUUUUUUAAUUCAUUUCCUCUUUUUUCAUUUUGAAUCAAUCAAUUUUGAGCUAAAAAUUCAAGAGAGAAAAAUGAGCAAUUUCAGGACUUGAGAACGUCAACGGCCAGAAGUACGACUUGUUGCAGGUACAAAAUUUUAAAAAUCUUGAAUCUCUCAAGUUAAUUUCAAAAAAAAAGGAUCGCUGAAAAAUUUUAUGACUCGAAACAGAUACGUUUUUGGUGUUUUUGGUGCAGUUUGAAAUCUAUUGUAGCUAAAAAAAAAUUUUUGGAUUAUAGCUCUUUUUUUCAUUUUUCUCCCCAAAUGAAUGCAAGCCUUUUUCUCACAUUCUCAUCAUUGAAUCAAUCAAUUCUCAAAUGUUUUAUUUCUCACCCACAAGUACUAAAUUUCACGAAAUAGAUGUAGGGAGAGUUUGGGAACAUAUGUGUCGGAACUUGUGGUGAUGGAGGGAAGAGGACUCGCGGUCGUGUUAACCCCCCACAAUCAUCAAUGUUUAUUGGUUGUUUUAGUCAGAUGAAACCGACUCGGAAAAAUUUUUUUUUCAAAUUUAUCGCCCAUCUUUUUCAAAAACUCUCAUAAAAAUUUCCUUCAACCCAUAUCUUCUCAAAGAGUUUUUUUUUUGAAAAACAAUUUAACUUUUUGUUCAUCUCAAGCCUGUUUUGAAUGAAACAUAUGGAAUGGUUGUAUAAAAAGCUUCGCGUCACAACUUAGUUAGCAUUUCUUUUUUUAAGAACGAAUCCUCCCUGACUAUCGAUUGGCUUCCAAUGAACCACGACGUGAUCGAACCUUCGAGAGCUCCUCCGAAGCUCAAAAGCGUCCAGAUGGUUGACGUCGGCAACUCGACCCUCGCCAUUGUCGUAGAACUGCUUUUCGAUGUCCUCAACAUGAAACUCCGUUCGACUUAUGAGAUCCGAGUAAUAUUUUCGAAAAAACCUCCUUCGUCACCACGUUACACAACCUGACCGGUCUGCGUUUUCUUAUUUGGGCUUUUCUUUGUAAAUUUGUUUCACAGUUUCGGCGAGGAUGAAGAGAGCGCAGAUACGGUAUGGACUGUUUUGCUCAGAUUUUCAUGGUUUUUGCUCUCUUCCGAGCUACAGAACCCUUGAGGAAAAGAGUUUAAGGAAAGAGUUCUGUAGCUCUGAGGGAAAUAAAAAUCGUGAAAAGCUGGCGCCGAACAGGCUAUAGAAGGUGUUCCAAUGUGGUGAAGGAUUUUAUAUUUAUUUUGAACGAACUUCUCAGAUCAACUCGGUGUAUGACAAGGAGUGCGGUCGAAUGGUGCCCCUCACUUCGAAGGCUUCUCUCAAUGUCACGUUCGCUUGUGAAAGGAUUUUGAAUGCAGACUGCAAGAACGCCGUCAAAAGUUGGAAUGUGAACUGAUCAGUAGGAAGUCCAAGGUUUAGUCGACCAUCAUCCAGUUUGCAAUCUGAUGAGGAACUACCACACAAAAGUCGUUGAGACUGGGGAUUUGCGCGAGGUCGAUGUCCUUGUUUCUGUGGAACGACAGCGGCAGAAGAAGAUCAAAUAUUUCGCAGUUCAUUAUGGUUUGCAGAGAAUCUUCUUGUUCAAUCAAGAAUCAUUUUUACAGGCCAGUGUGAACAUGAAGACGAGGUAGAGCAAGGCUGCAUCUUAGACUUGCAGAAAAGUCAGACUUCCCGGUUCUGCGUGACGAACAAGUCCAACUGUCCUCAUGUAAAAUCUGUCUCGAUGAAAAUUUCUGAAUAAGCAAUGUUGUCCGCUAACCGUGCGACUUCUAAGUCAUUUUUUUCAUCCUGAAUGUAGUUUUUAACGUUGAUUCCAAAUUUUGUUCUCGAAAACUGCUUCGAGGCUUGUGAAGAGAGUUAGGGGCUCUCAAAGUUCAGAUUUUCGGUGUCUCAGAAUACGUUCAUUUUGUGAGAAUUGUUUCAGGACCGUUCGUACAAUGUGACGAUAUCUCCGUUCAUCGAAGGUCGGUAUGGAAUCCAAGUUUGCGGUGUGAUCGACAAGCGUUUCGAGUACCCUCCGAUUGUUGGAGGAGUCAGCAAAAUCGUCGCCGAUCAGUUAUAUUGUCAGUCUCGGAGCUUGAAUAUCAAUAAACGAAAGAUUUCAGUGUCCUCCACGGCGAUGUCGAUGUCGGUGGUGGCUUCGUCUGCAGACUCUCUGACUAGGACUUUAUUCGGCUAUGCUGUAGUCAUCGCCAUGCUCAUUUUGAUCUUACUUCUGUUGUUGAUAUACAAGUGCGCCAUGGGCAAGAUCGUCUGCUGUAGGCGACAAAAGAAAAGGUUCACGCCAGAAUUUCUUUGGUCGCAAGGGGAAUGGCUCAAUUUGGGAGCUAAAAAUUGCAAUCUAAUUAGACAUGUUCUGAAAUUUCAAAAGGGGUUGAGGCUCGAAAAAUGUACUUUCAUAUGCUGGUUCUGAAUAGCUCGAAUUGAACACUUUAAUCUCGGAGGCGCGCAAGUCACACUGCGGUCGGUCGCAUCUACAAAGUGCCUGCGUCACACGUCAUUUCGACCUGAGCCAUUCUUCGAGUCAUUCUUUCAACUGAAAACUUUUUUUCUGACGGAAACAUACUUUUCUGGAUUUGGAACACUUUUAUGCCGUGUUCAAUUUGAUUUCGCGAUAUGCAAAAUGAUAUCUGACUCUCCAAAAUUUAGUGAUCUUUUUCUUUCUCUAACGGGUAUUUUGAAUUUCGCAAUAAUUCUUUUUAGUAUUUUAUAAAAAGUUUUCAGCGACAUUUUCACCAUGGAUGAGACCAGCGUCAUCCUUUUCGAAGAUAAAGUCUUGGGCAAAGGCCGAUUUGGAACCGUUUAUUUGGGUAAUUUCGAUCAUUUCUUCUUCAAAAACAUCAAUUUCAGGACAAUUAUCAAGCGAUUGGCACGGGCCAGUGAUACUCGACGAGUUGCAAAGGGUCGCUGUUAAGGUCGGUUUAAAUUCCAACUUCUGACGAAAAUAACAGUUCGAAGACGAAAGCUGCUCUUGGGUCCAUUAAAAAAAAAAUUUAGAGCUCAAGAAAUGUGGAUAAGCAACAGCGACAAGUUUUCUUUGAUGAAAUGGAAGGCGCCAAGUACGUCGGAAGACAUUCUCGGUUCAUAGCUUUCAUUGGUUUGUGGUUUUAUUAUUCUAUGAAAUCCUGACCUGAACACAUGAAUAAUAAGAAUAGGAACUUUGUUGUAUUCUAAAUUUGUCUUUUAAAUUAGUAAAAGACCUGACUCCAUCAAAACGUUUCCAGGAACCAUCCCAACUCAAAAAGGCCUCCUCCAUGUCAUGGAAUACUGUUCCAAUGGAAAUCUCCUCGACUAUCUGACCUGUCGAAGGAAUUACAUGCUCCAGUUGCAACAGCGAGGAAUCAACUUGAAUGGAAGUCUGACCGAUCUGGAAGACGUCGAAUUUGACGACGUCGUUUCCACGCAGGACCUCCAUCGGAUCGCUAGCCAGAUUUGCUGCGGCAUGGUACGUCUCAUUUCGAAAAGUCUGACGUGUCUGCGCUCUCUUUUCCCUCACUUCUCGGAUUUUCUGUGCUUCCACUGUUUCGUUUUUUAAUAAUAAUGUUUCACAAACAGUUAGAGACCAUGAGUUCACUUCGAGCUUGAUUUUUGAAAAGUACAUGUUACAGGUUUGUGUGAACCUCUAAAGAACUUUUUUGUUCCAAUCAUUCAUCUUCUUGGAAAAGAAGUUCAUUUUAACUGUCUUUCUUGCCGUUGAGGAAAAAGAGACACAGACAGUGUUUCAGGACGAUGAAAACAUCGAACUUUUUUUCGAAUUUUGUGUCAGAUAGGCCCACCAACUUUCAGAUGUACCUCUCUUCGAAAGGAAUCGUCCACAACGCCUUAUCCGGUCGUCAUGUCCUCAUAACUUCUGACCACAGUGCCAAAAUUGCCGAUUUCGGCUUCAUUUCGACUCCUAACACUAAAACAAAGUUUUUCUCUUCAGGAGUACUUUCAAAAUAGAACUUUAUAGCCAACCCGCCGCUAACAUGGAGAAAUACACGGCUUUGGAAGUUCUGCGCGGAGAAUACUCGACAACUCUUUCUGACGUGUUUGUUCAUAGUUUUCAUUAGAAAAUGUUAUUCUUCAAGUAGUUUUGAUACGAUAGUUUUGUGAUAAUAUGUCAAAAUUAUUUUCGCUUUUUAUUAUUUUGCAUCGAAGCGCUAAAAACGGGUCUGCGCCUAACCGAUGCGAGGUCUUUAAAAUAAAGCCUGAAACUGUUUUGAAUGAUCAGAUCUGUAAUGUAAAGAAGUUUUUGCAGUUGGUCUUACGGAGUAGUUCUGUGGGAGCUGUUCACUCUUGGCGGAAGUCCCUACUGCAAAAUUCCCGACGAAGGAAUCCGUAGCCUCAUCGAAAAAGGCUAUCGCCUUCAGAAACCUGAAAAUUGCCUGCUCACCAUGUUGGUUCUCACUUAUUCAAAGAAGUAAAAAGGAGGUUCAGUUAUCAGUUGAUGCGAGAAUGUUGGUACGAUUCGCCGACAGAAAGGCCUACGUUCAGUCUCAUAGCGGCUCGGCUGUCUCAGCUGGUCACUUCUGAGCCUCCAGAGGCUUUCAAAUUUCUUUCAGUGAGCUCUUUUUCUACAAAUAAUGAAACUAAAUCUUAUUCUGUUCCAAAUAUUAAAAGAAAUUUACCUGUUUAGGGGACCUUUGUUUCAUGAAAAGUUUGGUGAAGACACAAAACUCACAUUUUUUUGAGCUUUUAUUUUGAUCGGGCUAUAUCAGAAACUUUCUAAAAAUCUAGCGCUAUUUUUUUGAUUUUUUUCAAUGGCUUUUUUUAUCUAAAAAAAUUUCUCUUGUAGAAUGAGUUGAUUUCUAGAAUAUUUUUUUCAACGUCUCAUCUGAUCAUCUGCGAUUUGAACUCAAUAAUCGCUCAAUUUCCGCUUUAUACGAACCGAUUUCUUUUAAUUUUUACGAAUUUCGGGGCAGAGUCUAAAGACAGAUUUUUAAAAUUGUUGUCUGCAUUUAAAUUCCGUAUAUAAUCUUAUCCCUUUUUUAUUGAUCCUCAGGCUCCAAACCAAUUCAUUUUUCAGAUCUCAACCUCCUGCGACUAUUACUCGGAUGAGCCGAUCCGACGAGAGUCAGUGGCCGACGCCGUCGCCGCCGACUCGACGGAGCUGAUCUCAGAAUCGGCGCGGCUUCUUGGAUUUCGAAGAUAA